GGAGUGGGUGUUUCUGCUUCGGCACAGCUCCCGGCCUGAACCUGGAAAAUGCUGCUGGCGCCCCAGGAAGGGUCCUCCUCAAGGAAGAGGACGGGGCUGAGUCGCUGGAAACAAUUAACAAGGAAGCUGAGUCCCAAGCCUGCUUUUGACUCUGGCAAUGUGGGACACUGGAUUGAGAGAGUGGAGAAAGCCUCAGAAUUUGGAAUUUCAAAAUCAUUUUCAGCUGGAAAUUCAGAUUUAUCCAGAAGUCUUUGGGGCCAAAUGAUAGAUUUGGAAACAUCUGAGCAAAUAGAGGAUCAUGAUGAAAUCUAUGCAGAAGCUCAGGAGCUGGUCAAUGACUGGUUAGACACCAAACUCAAGCAAGAACUAGCAAGUGAUGGGGAAGCUGAAGACACUGUAUCCAGUGUCCCUCCUGUGUUAGAAGCCAGUGGUCAUUUGAAAUAUGACAGGUUUGAUGAUUUAUGUGGCUACUUGGAGGAAGAAGAGGAAAGUAGCACUGUUCAAAAAUUUAUAGACCAUCUGCUCCAUAAAAAUGUGGUGGAUUCUGGGAUGUUGGAAGAUAUCGAAAUGAGUGGAAACCACGACAAGAAGCAGCAGAAGGAUCCUCGUCUUACCAUGGAGAUAAGACAUAAGCAGGUAAAAGAAAAUCGCUUAAGACGGGAGAAAGAACUGGAGCGCCAGAGAAUUGAAAAGACCCUGAAAAAAUCUGCCUUCUUAGAGGCUCAGUAUCUGGUGCAAGAAGAGAAGAGAAGGAAGGCUCUGGAGGCCAAGAAAGAAGAGGAGGCAAUUCAGAGGGAGAUGGUAAAGCUGCGGAGGGAGAUAAUUGAGAGGAGGCACACAGUGCAAGAAGCAUGGAAAAUAGAGAAGAAAAAGCAAGAAGAAAGUUCUCCAAAAUAUCCAGAAAAAGGCAUGUUUCAAGAUGUUCAUACUCUUCUGGAGGAAGAAAAAAUGGCAAAAGAAAGAAAGAAGAAACUGAAAGAGUUCUUAAUCCAAACUUACAAGGAAAAUCACCAGUGUCAAACGCGCUAUUUCUCUGCCUGGCACAAGCUGAUUCUUGAAAACAAGAUUAAGCUGGGGAAAGCUGGAACUCUUUCCGACUGGAAGUUUCAACUGAAGAUCCUGAAGGCCUGGAGAGACUACACGAGAUCUCGGAGGCUGGAGCGGGAGACACAAGCCAUGGAGCAUGAGCUCAGGGAAGAAAACAGAAAACAACAACUGGCCGCUGAGUAUAACAGGAAGCACGUUCUCCAGCACCACUUUACAGAAUGGCAGCAUUGGCAUCACCGGAAGCAAGUUCUCCGCCACCACUUUACAGAAUGGCAGCAUUGGCAUCGUGCAGAGAUCCUAAAGAGAGAGCUGGCUCUAACCAAGGAGGAAACAAGGAAGAAAAUGGGUGAGCUGUUGAAGGCAGCAUCACUAGGAAAACUCAGUGCAGCUGGGUCAGUAGGCACCAGUCUGCUCAAGAAGGCAACAGCCACAGUGGAGCCACCUACAGGAGAGGUGACUGCCGGCCCCCUUUUGCGGGAAAAGCCUCACUCAGAGAGCAGUGAUUGCAUGCCUAGCCCCCACCUGGGAAGACCAACAAAGAGCACCUUGCAAGUUCCCCUCCAGAAUGUCCCUCUGAACACCUCUGACAAUAAGCCGAACAAGACCUUGGAUGUUGAGGCCUCCCAGCAGCCUGACAGCGACAAGAAGCUCAGAACCACCAGCCAGAAAGCAAAGCCCAUUUGCAUGGGCCGUUUCCACAAUCGCCAUGUCUUCCAGCAGCAGCUGAUUGAGAAGCAAAAGAAGAAACUUCAGGAACAGCACAAAACAAUUCUGGAGCUGAAGGAAAGCCAGAGGCUGGCGCAGGCUCGGUGGGCAGCAGAGCGCGAUGCAGCCCUCAUGGACACACAGAGCCACCUGCUGUCAAACCCCAGAGAAGAAGAACCUGAAAGAACCUGCCAGGUGCUUUCAAAUUCUCCUGUUGCUUCCCCUGGGACUGAAGGUAGUAGAAGCAACUCCCAAAAUUAUCUUUCUGGACCCAGAAGGAACCCAAGGAAGCUGAUGGCACCCCAUCCCAUACUUAAAGCCAUGGAAGAGAGAGCAGCUCAGCGAGCUGAACGUAGGCGGAUCUUGGCAGAGAAGAAACAAAAACAAGAAGAGGAAAAAUUGGCCCAGUUAAAGGCCCAAGAGGAGGAGCGGCAGAAGAGGGAGGCAGAAGAAAAGGAGGCUCAACUGGAGAAAAAACGAGAAGAGAAGAGACUGAAGAAAAUGAAAGAACUGGAGCAGCAGAAGAGAAUUAAGAGGAACCAGCAGCUGGAAGCAAUAGCCAAAGAUCAUUAUGAAAGGGUGUUGCUAAGGAAAAAAGGUCUGGAGCCUUGGAAGAGAUUGAGAAUGCAAAGCAAGCAAAACAUCCAGGUAUAG